GUACUCGGUAUUACUUUGGCUUGAUUAUCUCUCGGAGUGCAGGACGUACGGAUGCAACCAGAAGACAUGGGACAACGUCUACCACCAUGUGACCGCGUUUUCAUCCAGCGUGAUUUCUCUGAAGGAACCGCUGUCCGUUUCCAAACUUCUCCUAUGCCACAUCAGCUGCGAGGUCGCCUCAACCCAUCUGUCUACGCGGAUGCUAUUGGACAGUUGAAUAAAUUAUUUCACGAGGCUGAAUCAAUUUCUCCAGCCGUAUGCUUGGAGAACGUGCUCGGUUGUUUGACCGCCUAUCUAUCCUUUUUGUGCAUCCGCACGCAUUACGAAAAAAUACUAAAGAAAGUGACUUUGACCGUAGAGGAGUUAAACGAGAAGCUCUUCCUUCCUAGUGGAUUAUUGAUGAUUGAUCCUUCCGAACGAGGGCUCCGAGUUAUCGAACUUCGCAUAUUACAUUCGCAACCCUAAACUAUGUCAGUCGGUGUAGAACGCGACUAUCUCGGACACAGCAACAUAAAACGCCUCAUGGAUGCUGGAUUUCGCAACAAGCUCCAAAUACGCAUCCUAAAUGGAACAAGUCAGGAGAGCAAAGCGAUUGUCCAGAGUCAAAAACCUCAAACCCAGCGCCUUUUUGUAUGAGUCUUGUAUCUAUUUGUUCCGAACUGCUGCUCUCACUAUAACUUGUUCUUUUUGUUCUAUGAGAUUAUGGUCAUCGCUAAUGUGCGAUUCAUUGUGGAUCCUAACUACCGGUGACCAUCGCCCGUCAGAUAGUGAGAACCGUAGAAUACUGCAUCAGCUGAAAUGACAGGCACUCUGUUCAAUUCCAAUCUAAGUUAACGAAACGCGCAGCAACUAGGACUGUAUUUGUUGUAAUCUAAUAGCACAAAUGACGUUUGGAAACGAAAGAAGGGACGAGUCAACCGUUUUCUUUUAG